GCCGGGGAAGCAGUAGACAUGAUUGCGUCAGCCGCGACUCACCUGCUGGUGUUCCUGCUCUUCGCUGCGCUUCCGGCGCGGAGGGACGUCGAGGCGGCGUCUGGUCCGAGGCGGCAGUGGAUCGGCGCGGGCGUGCGUCAAUCCGAGAGCAGUGGAGGGCCGGGGGGCCAUCCGACACGUCUCGUUCCUUCCGGCGAGGCCGGAUCGCUCGCGGCGGGAGGCGCGGAGCUCGCAGACGGAGCCGGGGGCCCGCGGGGAGCGCCGGACGCGACCUCUGACCCCGGGUCCUGGAGGUCACUAGCGCGCCGCAGGCGGUGUCUGCGCGGGCCCGCCGACCUCGCCGGUCUGGCCAGAGACAUGUUCAUCUCGUUCGUGGACCGCCAGCACGCGAGGAAGGAGAGGCGGCGGCGGCGGAAGGAGAGGCUGGGCCGGAGGCGGGAGCAGCGCCGGGGGGUGGCCUCGGGGGCGGUGGAGGCGGAGGCGUGAUCUCGCGCGAGGGGGCAGCGGUCUCGCCGCAACACACACGCACCCUCCCUCCAGGACGUCUUGUAACUCCUGGCUCAGCUCGCGCUACCCGGGCGAACGACUGUCGCAAGUAACCACCCGCGCAUGCACGCAGUGUUUCAGAUACGUUUAAGAUACGUAUUACCUUCCUGCAACGUUGCCAAAAAGUGAGCGAAACAUUUCUGCCGUAUGGACACUAAUCUGGUUCGUAAGAUCAGGGCCACAGAGUGACAUUUGUUGGUGAGAAUAUCCCAAAGUUGGCAGAUAAGUUUGAGAAUGUUUUAAUUUUUCUAUUAAAACAUGCAACACUAAUAUACCUGUCUUUAUUGAAACCAUUUGAAGUUAUGAGCUACAACAAAUGUAAUGUUUUAUGUGCUAUUUGAAUAA